AUGGUUGGACACCACAAAGUCCCACCAGGCUUCAACGAAGGGAAACCUGUGGAGGGCGACCCUCAGUGUCCGGAGGCGCUCACUUUUUCUGAUUCGUCCUUCGGCCAUCCUCCUCCCUUCCAUCGCUAUAGCAACAGCCCACUCUCCAGCCCCUGUGACCCAUACAGCUCGGCUUCCACCAGCGGGCCCCUGGGAGCCUCCCACACACACACACAGGGUAUCUCUCCCAUCUCUCCCCCCAGCCCAGCGAGCCUUGCCUGGGCUCAGCGUAGCCGCCACCAGCCUGCCAGCCUGGCGCUCCGUAAGCAGGAGGAGGAGGAGAGCAAACGCUGCAAGGCUCUAUCUGACAGCUAUGAGCUCUCUACAGACCUCCAGGACAAGAAGGUGGAGAUGUUGGAGAGGAAGUACGGGGGUCAGUUUGUGUCCCGGCGGGCGGCGAGGACGAUCCAGACGGCGUUCAGACAAUAUCGCAUGAACAAGAACUUUGAGAGACUUCGCAGCUCUGCAUCAGAGAGCAGAAUGACCCGACGCAUCAUCCUGUCCAACAUGAGGAUGCAGUACUCAUUUGAUGAGCGUCAGCCGCAGGGUCAGGGGUCAGCAGGUCAGCAAGGCUCCGAGGACGCAGGAGACAUAGACGACUCCUUCUCCAAGCAGGUGAAGUCUCUGGCAGACUCCAUGGACGACUCUCUGACGUGUCAGUCGGGCCGUGAGGAUUCUCAGGAGGCGGGAGGAGAGGACGACGAUGACGAUGAGGAGGAGGGAGACGAGGAAGAGGAGGAGGAGGAGGAGGAGGGAGAGGAGGACGAGGAGGAAGAUGAAGAUGAAGAUUACAGAGAGUGUGCGUGGCGUAACACCGCCGCCUCCUCCCGACGCAUGACGGGCCGGUCGGGAGGGGUGGGGGGGGGAGGAAUGGGGAGGGGAGGUGCAGGAGGAGGCGCAGCCAUGCAUGAAGACAGCACCGCCACCUCCUUCAGUGAUGUCACCCUCUACAUGGAGGAGGGCUGCCUCCCCUCCUCGCCGCUGUCCCGCCCCCCCUCCAGCACCGACACUGAGUACUGGGGAGGGGGAGGAGGCGCAGGGGGGAGGGAGGACAGCCGGGAGACAGAAGGAGGUAGCAGCGCCAGCCGGAGGAGCAGCACCCCCUGCACUGAGUGCCGAGGGGAGUACAGAGGGAGGGCAGGAGGAGGAGGAGGAGGAGGAGGAGGAGGAGGAGGAGGACACCUUCCUGUCCUGACCAUCGAGCCGCCCAGUGACAGCUCAGUGGACAUGAGUGACAGAUCUGAGCGAGGCUCCAUCGGACGCCUGGUGUACGAACAGGAGCCGUCGGGAGUGGAGCGAGGAGGAGAGAGGGAGAGGAGAGGAGGAGAGAGGGAGAGGAGAGGAGGAGGCGAAGGAGAGAGCGGAGAGGAUGAACGAGGAGGAAGCAGCGAGGCCGACUCUCCGCAGGGAACCAUCAAACACAAACCCAACGGCCGCUCGGUGGCCACAGCGCAGGGACAGACCCGCAGCCCUGCCCCCGUCCCCCUGCCCAUGCCCUCGGCCCGGACCCUGCCGUCACACCCGCUCCCCCACCCGCUCCAGCACCCCCACCCCCACCCACACCCGUCUCCCAUCCCCCACCUCCCCACCAUCCUCCACCACCACCCGCAGUACAGCCAGCCGCACAUCCUGCACAUGCACCAUGGCCACGGCGCCCCCUACAUCCAGCACGCUCAGCACUUUGCCCAGCACCACUACCACCACCUGCACCACCAGCACCACCACCUGCCCCACGCCUACCCAGAACCCCCCUCAUCCCCACUGCCCUCCCCCGUCCCGCCCCUCACACCUCUCUCCCCCCUACCGCUUCCUCUCACGCCCUCGCCGCUGUCCUCCUCCUCCUCCUCGGCGCUCCCCACCAUGGAGGCGCAGCAGCACCACCUCCUCCACCACCACCACCUGCUCUGCUCCGACGGAGACAACGAGAGCGUCAAUUCCACCACCACCAAUUCCAACGACGACACCACAGUCAACAACUGCAGCUCCGGCUCCUCGUCCCGCGACAGUCUGCGGGAGCCAAUCGGAGGAGCGACACUGGGGAAGCAGACCUAUCAGAGAGAGAGCCGCCACAGCUGGGACUCCCCCGCCUUCAACAACGACGUGGUGCAGCGGCGGCAGUACCGCAUCGGCCUCAACCUGUUCAACAAGAAGCCAGAGAAGGGGAUCCAGUACCUGAUCGAGAGGGGCUUCGUAUCGGACACGCCGGUGGGCAUCGCCAGGUUCAUCCUGGAGAGGAAAGGACUGAGCAGGCAGAUGAUCGGAGAGUUCCUGGGCAGCCGGCAGCAGUUCAACAAGGACGUCCUCGACUGCGUCUUAGAUGAGAUGGAUUUCUCAGGGAUGGAUCUGGAUGACGCUCUGAGGAAGUUCCAGGCUCAGAUUAAAGUGCAGGGUGAAGCUCAGCGGGUGGAGCGGCUGGUGGAGGCCUUCAGUCAGCGGUACUGUGUUUGUAACCCGGUGUUGAUCCGGCAGUUCCAGAAUCCAGACACCAUCUUCAUCCUGGCCUUCGCCAUCAUCCUCCUCAACACGGACAUGUACAGCCCCAACGUCAAGCCGGAGAGGAAGAUGAAGCUGGAGGACUUCAUCAAGAACCUGCGGGGUGUUGAUAACGGUCAGGACAUCCCCAGAGACCUGCUGGUGGCCAUUUAUGGGAGGAUUCAGAAGUGGGAGCUGAGGACCAACGAUGACCACGUGUCCCAGGUCCAGGCAGUGGAGAGGAUGGUGGUCGGCAAAAAGCCUGUGCUCUCCCUGCCUCACCGCCGGCUGGUCUGCUGCUGUCAGCUCUUCGAGGUUCCCGAUCCGAACCGAGCUCAGAGGAGCGGAGUCCACCAGAGAGAAGUCUUCCUGUUUAACGACCUGCUGAUGGUGACGAAGAUCUUCCAAAAGAAGAAGACUUCAGUGACGUACAACUUCAGACAAUCGUUUCCUCUGGUGGACAUGCAGGUGCAAACCUUCCAGAGCAACUACUACCCUCACGGUAUCAGACUGACGUCGGCGAACCCCGGAGGAGAGAGGAAAGUGCUGAUCGUGUUCACGGCUCCAAGCCAGCAGGACCGAGCUCGCUUCACAUCUGACCUCAGAGAAAGCAUCGCAGAGGUCCAGGACAUGGAGAAGUACCGCGUGGAGUCUGAGCUGGAGAAGCAGAAAGGUGUGAUGCGUCCAGGUGUGCUGACGGGGGGAGGACCAGGAGUGCCGGGCGGCGGGCCAAACACCGGCGGUGUGCCUGUGAAGGGCGAGGCGGUGAACGGCACCAUGGGUCGGCCGAGCCUGGAUGACACGUACGCGUCAGUGGACGGACUCAAACGCACGGCACUCAGCUCCUCACUGAGAGACCUUUCAGAGACCGGGAAGCGAGGUCGUAGGAACAGUGUCGGGUCAUUGGACAGCACCAUUGAAGGUUCUAUUAUUAGCAGCCCCCGGCCUCACCAGCAGCGCCCCCUUCCUGCUGGAGGUCUGUCCUACAGCCCCAUGAUGGUCCCUUCUUCUCCAGCAGCCUACCGGCCGCACCGCCCUACUCAGAGCCCCGGUACAGGGGUGGGGGGUGGGCCGGGGCUCUGUCACAACCAGGGAGGGGUCGCCACCUCCCCUCUCGUGAGCGGGGGAGGGGCUGGGCUCGGAGGAGGGAUGGUGAGCGGGGGCGGACCGACUGGCGGCGGCCUGCUGGGGAAUUUCUUCGGCAGUCGCAGAGGCAAGGUUCCUGGUCCCCUGACGAUGACGUCUCCUCCCCCCCAGGGUCCCCCGAGUCCCCUGAUGAUAUCAUCCCCCCCCCAUUACCCCGCCCCCGCGCCUCCCAUCCCCCACCCAUCCUCCCCUUCCCCGUGCCCCUCCCCCUCGGCCAACCUCGGCCCGUCGGACUCGGGAGGAGUUGGAGGGGGCGGAGGUUCGGGAGGGGGGCCUUCCAAGCUGCAGGCUCUGCACGCCCAGUAUUGCCACGGCAACAGUGGAGGAGGCGGAGUCAGUGUUACUGGGCACCAGCAGCAGACCCCCCCCCCACCUUACCACCACCAUCACCGCUACCACAUGCAGAGCGUCCCGCAGCACCACGUCCUGUCCCAGAGGGUGUCGGUGCCGCGGCGGUCGGGCCCCCCCGGCUGCGUUCCCUCUCACACUCAGCACCAGAGGAUCCAACAUGGCGCCGUCCACCCGCGCUACAUGGGCUCGGGGUUCAUCACCCCUCCCCCGCUGUCCCCGCACUCCCCCCUCACCCCCACUACCCCACACGGACUCUACCACUCGCACCCCACGGUGGGGAGGCCGGCUGGCGCCAAGCUGCCGCUCACCAUUUCGCACUCGCAGCCCCACCCCCACGCUCACACGCACGUUCACAACCACGUGCACACACACUCCCCCCUCAGCCCCUCCCCCUCCGUCUCCCCCUCCACCCACUUCAUCUUCUCCACUCCGCCGCCUCAGACGCCCUCGGCGCGCCUCGUCAGCCAGACGGCGCAGCAGCCCUACGGCCCCCAGUACCCCCCCCUCUCCUCCAUCCCGCCCCCCCCUCCGCACUCCCCUCUACCGCCGCCGUCCAACGCCCCGCUCUCCCCCCACCCGGGGGCGGCGGGCGGGCAAGGGGGCGGCCCCAAAUCGAAACCCGUCAGUCGGAUCAGCACGGUCGUGUGA